CCAGUACAAACCACCCGUGCCGCAGAAACGCCGUGCAGUUAGAGUUACCGCGUGCCUAUGGGCUAAAUGGAUGCGAGCUACUGCUGGCAGUGUCAGCAGCUUUCUCUUCCUCCUCACCCGCUGCUACUGCGCCACGUGGCCCGAUUCGAGCGAGGCUCUGUGGGCGUGCUGCUGCUGGGGGGGCGCCAAAGCAGUGACCUUGAGCCACCAGUGCGGGACGCCGACCUGAAACCUUGCUCUCUUUUCAUUCGCUCUCUCUCCCGCCUUGCGACGCCCACCAGCGACGCACCACUUAUCCGCUUGGACUUGUCGGGGGAGUUGGUGACCUGCGAAGGGGCAAAGACCCUGGCAGCUGUGCUUCAGGUGAGCCUCUCUCUCCGUUCGCUGCUCUUGCGCCGGACGCCCAUCGGCGAUCUGGGCGCUCUGGCGCUGGGCGCGGCGUUGAGCUCCUCCGCGCUGGUGGAGUUGGACCUGGGGGAGUGUGCGCUCACAGACCAAGGGCUCAGGGCAUUGGUGCGAGGCCCCCAAGUUCAUGGAGCUCCGCCCUGCCUCUCGGUGCUGCUCCUGGAUGGCAAUGCCACAGGAGAUGUGGGGACCACCGAGGUGAUCUCCUAUCUGGAGCGUCAAAGCACGCUGAGGAGCUUCUCCAUCCAUCCAUCGCUGCCUCGAGGCCUUUCACAAGAAGUGGAAGCCGCCCUACAGGUGGCGUGCGAGUUGAGUGGGGUGACGCUGGAUCACAAAGGAGAGGCCUUAAGCUUGGACCGCCUGGCCAGCUGCUGCGGGAAACGCCACGAGGUGGCGCCGUCACCCUCACCGGUCGCCGUACCGGUCGCCACGCCGGCGCUGCCCGCACCGGUGCCGCCCGAGCCCCUUCAGCGUGCGCCGGGCGUGGGCUGGUCUCCCAGCAGCGCCGUGGCGGAGCGCACGCCGCGGAAGCCGGUGCCGGACAUGCGCCAAAGUGGGCACCUGGCCUCGUGGAUGGCGGGCACGGAGCGUGAGCUGAGGGAGUUGAAAUGGCUCCUCAGCUCCAGCAGCGCGCGCCUCGACGGCCAACACAGGAAGUUGAUGUCCGAGCUGGAGAAGCUCCGGCUGCAACUGGACGCCUGGACCAGCGAUGCGGCGCCCCCCCGGACUGGAGCGGGCGAGGUGGAGGAGAUGCGGCUGGAUGUCUUGGAGGCACGUUUCGAUGCCUUGGAUCAGCUGGUGGGACGAGAGCAGUCGGAGUGUGCUCAGCGACCUGGUGGAUGAUGUGAGGCGGAGAGGCGUUGUUUCCGUUCGCCGCCGUUUUUACUCCUAGUAGUAAAGGCCAGGAGCCCGGUUCGUAGCUUCUUGUUACUAGUAGUAGGGCCAGGAGCUAGGAAUAACUCGUGGCCUCCGAUCCGCUCCGUUCGUAGUAAUUCUCCUCCUUGUGAUCUGAAAAGGAGAAUGAGGUCACGCGAACGAUCCCUUCGGCGACACAAACUCACGAUAAUGGAAUUUGAACAGACACUCCCGAGCGGGUGGACCCGAUCUGCGGUUGGGCUCCAGCAAAUAGAUGACUGGUAUGUCAAGGGGGCACAUGAAUGCCAAAUGGCUGCCUCCAGGAGGGACCUCAGGGUCCAGGGUUUCUCUGGUCAGCAAGAGCGCGGCAGGGCCAAAUGCACUCAUCACAACGGGGAACCUCACCAAGGCACAACUCAGAAAACGGUUGAUCAACCGAGUGCGAGUCGAUUUCGGUGCGCGAAACGAGUGAAUCAAAAGGGCUUGGAGUGUUCUCUCCCGUGCUGAAGCUGAUAGUCUUGUGAGUGCCCCACAGACUGAUCAAACGCAUUUGCCGGAAAGCGGGUUGGGUGGCUUGCGUCAUCGGAAUUCCGUCGGGGCCCUGGGGCCCUCCAGAGUGAACCGAGUGAGUCAGACGACGGGAGCGAGUGAAACCGUCCCCACUCGGCGUUUUUUCUUCAGGUCCAGGAUGCCCCAUGCAAGCACAAGCACCAUUUCAAAGCAGGGCAACAUGAGGAGCUUCAAGAGUACAGGAGAAUCUGUGGGGAAAAGGUUCAGUUUUCCUUUCCUGUUGAUGUUUCCUUUGCAAACAGGUCACACGUGGUUUGAGAGCCAUCCAGGCAAGUGAGAAGUCCAGUCCAAGGAUGUGGCAGCUGGUCGAGGUUGCUGCCGGCAGUGCCCGCGCGCGCAACAACUGAGCCGGCCGUCCCUGAAAGAGAUUUCUGGCCAAUUUGGGCGAAUUCUUCUUCGCUAGUUGUUUCUGGCCAAUCCUGGUGGCAGCAGGGAGACUCUCAAAAGGAAUGAAGUGGUCGUUUGCGCCAACCUUGUGCUGAGAACUCGUCGCUGUUGAAGUUUAGAUUUCAUGCAACAUGAAUUGAAUUUGAUUGAAUUUGCACAAGAAGCUCAUGGUGACUUUGCUCUACUAUGAAGACAGACUCCUUCAAAUGAGCUGUCACCUUUGCCGCUGCCGCUGGUGGCACCAGAAUUGAACCGACAGACAUGCACACAGGGCAUGGUUGGGGGCACCCAAAAUUGGCCAUGAGAUUUCAGGGAUGGUAGGUAGGCUUGAGAAUGAUGCCAAUGUUGUCACGAAAGGUAGCGGUUACGCUACCUGAGUUUUCCUUUUGCUUUAGCAAAAAUGUAUUAACCCAGAGCUGCAGCCUAUCUCUCGGAGAAAUGGUCCCCGACAUCUUCGUUUGCUGGCCGGGGGGGGGGCCCCCCCCCCUUUCAACUCCACCCUAGCGCGCCUCGGGGUCAACCGUUCGAAAACACUGUAAAUAUCAAUGUUUUCAGCUCUUCCAGUCCUCAGCAGUGACCAAAAAUCAUGGAAUUUACAGCGUUUUUUGUGGCUGUCCGGC